UCUGUGCUGUUUGUUGGGGUUUUACCGAGAUUCAAAGCUCUGCUGUUUUUUUUUGGUGUGAUAGAACCUGCUGUUGGAUGCCUUUUCAUGCUGAUUCGGGUAAAGAUUUUAGCUUUAGCAGGAACUGAUUUGCUGGAAUUUUUUUGGUCUUCUUCUUCUGGCUUGAUGUGUUAUUAAUUUUGCUUGAUUUUUUUUUCUUGAGUAUAUUCUGGGAAUCGAAUAUUCUGCUGGUAUUUUGGGUAUUUUGAGAGAGUUGUUACUAAAACACGAGCUUGUUUACUUGUUUGCUGAAAAUUCUUGUAACAUGUCAUUGGAAACAGAGAGCUGUGGUAAAUGGUAAUGAUUUAUUAAUCCAAACAAUGAACUCAUUACUUUCCUUUUUCUUCAGCCUAUUCAUGUUUUCCAGGGAGUAUUUGCAGCUGACAUAGACACUAUGAUAUAGUAGAAAUGAAGAACAGAUUGGUGUUGUGAUUUAAAAGAAGAAAACAGCAUGAAAAUGAUGUGUUUCUUGUUACAAUUAAAAUGUCUGUGUUGUAGUUCUAAAAAGGCAAUUAGGUUUAUACAUGUAUCAUGUUGGAGCCAUAAAUGAAGCGCCUUUUUUCUUUUGUGUAGUAGUAUUUUUUUUUAUAAUGUGUCUGAGUUCAUUUUGCUUCUGUUGGUUUGGCUUUGGCUUUGGCUUAUCUUCUGUUGAUACAUUUUGCUAAGAACUUGUUCUUGCAUUGUUUAGUAAUAAAGUAGCUUGGCGUUUCUGAUCCGAAGGCAGUUUCUCCACUCCUGUUUCAAGAUCUUUCUCAGUCACUUGUUGAGGACUGCUUCAUUUGUAGCCGCCAGUCGUUUUCAUUCCUUUUCGGGUGUUGAUAUUCGUAUAUCAUAUAGUUUUACACAUCCAGUCGUGGAGCAUUGCCCAACUCCAACACUCUUCCAGGAGAACUUCGUCACGAUUCUCAGACCACCUGGUUUCUGCUGGCUGGAUAAGUUGUUGGAAAAAUUGAAACAUGGGUUAUCUUUGUGAUUUCUGUGGGGAGCAAAGAGCCGCAGUGUUCUGUAGGUCCGAUGCAGCUAGUUUAUGUUUGUCUUGUGACUACUCUAUCCAUUCUGCAAAUGCCCUUUCAAGGCGUCACUCGAGGACACUUAUUUGUGAAAGGUGCAAUUCUCAGCCAGCUUUUGUAAGAUGUGUAGAGGAGAAGGUAUCCCUUUGUCAGAAUUGUGAUUGGAUGGGGCAUGUUAAUUCAAAUGCAAGUCCCGGGCAUAAGAGACAACCCGUUAAUUGUUACUCUGGCUGCCCUUUAGCUUCAGAACUUUCUGCUGUUUGGCCUUUCUUCAACUCUCCUUCAGUCGGAGAUUCUGCAUGUGAGCAGGAAAUGGGUUCAAUGAAUAUUACUGAUAACAGAACAAUAGAUUGCCAAGACCCCCAAGAAAAAGCGAAUGUGCAGAAUGAAUCCUUACGGGGUGAAGCUAGCAGCCAGCCUAAUCUGGACUUGGACGAAUCAGCAGAUUGGAUGGAGUCAUUAACUCCUAUUGUUGAUCAGAGGCUGCAGAAUGUGGAUCAGGCGACUGCAUCUACUAGCUCUUCCAUGCCCAAGGUUCCCUUGCCAGGAGCAAAAGGGCGUGCUUUGUAUGCGGAUGAUGGUUGCUAUGAUGAUCUCAAUAUGGAUGAGAUUGACAUGGGUUUUGAAAACUAUGAUGAACUUUUUGGUAUGUCUCUCGAUAAUCCAAAAAAUAUUUUUGGUAACGAUGGGAUAUUUGGGAUGCAAUAUAUGUCCACAUCCAAUUGUGAAGGUGCUUCUGCUGCAGAGGUAUCAUCGACUGGAGGGUUGAACCCGAUGCAACCGGCUUGCAGCGAUGUAGCACCUGCAGAUUCAGUUAUUAGCUCUAAAACUGAACCCAACUUAUGUUUCACAAAGCAGGGACACUCGGGCCUCUCAUUCUCCGGUCUUACUGGGGAAACCACUGAUGGAGAUUAUCAAGACUGUGGAGUUUCAUCAAUGGCAAUUGUGGGGGACCCACCAUGGUACCCUCCAGGUCUUGACAGUUCCACACCUUCUACUAGCAGGACCAAUGCUGUCAUGCGGUACAAAGAAAAGAAGAAGUCACGAAUGUUUGAGAAGAAGGUGAGGUACGAAUCUCGCAAGGCAAGAGCAGAUGUGCGGAGGCGUGUGAAGGGACGCUUUGUCAAAGCUGGUGAAACCUACGACUACGAUCCACUUAGCCCAAGCAAGAGUUACUGAGUGAAAAAAGUAAUCAAGGCUCCAGAUGCAUAUUUGUCGUGGGAAGAGACGAGAAUCCCCCGACUGGGCACUUACCAGCUAGCUUAGAUUAGUAUUACCAGUGAGGAGAGGGUAAAGAGCCUCCAAGCCUCUUAAGAGUAUCAUCCUCCCCUCAAGGUGUACAUUUGUCAUUAUAUCAGUGGAACAACAAUUCUGCACGGUCUGUGCAUUCGCGUGUAGAUGGCCGAGAUAUGCUUUGCUCACUCGAGGAACCUGGUUGUUCGCAUGCAGAUGUAGUAAAGAGUGUCUGUCUGAGAGCUUGGUGGAGUAGAAGAAAGGAUAAACUGUAUUGCUAUCUAUUUUUCUCCUUUUCCCCUUUUUGAAUGACAUGUAAAACUGAUUCAUUACAGCUGUAGUGUUUGCACAAAGGCUGACAUUUGUUGUUUAUAAAAGCCUCAUUUCUUAUUUGUUUAUACAUGUAGACACCAAUUAAUGGAUUUUGUUUGUCA